AUGCCUAGUCGCGCGGUUCUUCGAAAAAAGGCUCGACGCGAGUCGAAGCAUCGCAGGCUCGAGGCUGAAGAUGCGGCCGUUGACGCUGCGUUGCUCGCCUGUCAUGGGGCGCAAUCCCACUUACCGCUUGGAGCGGGAGAGACGGAGAAGGGAGUAGAGACGGCGGCAAGGAAGCGCCCCCGCAACGUCGCAGUUGUGGAGGCGGCUGCAGAGACGGUCGAGUCGAUGGCGGGGAUGAGCCGCAAGGAGCGCAAGCGUUUUGAGGCCAAACAGCGAUUUGAACGGCAGCUGGCGAGGCUCAACGCGGCAGUGGGGAAGGAGGAGAACACCACCGCAACUAAAACUGAGACCGCGAUGCAGGCUGCAGAGGCGGGGACGGACGUCUUGUCUCCCACGCGGGGAGAAACGUUGCGACAUGAUCCAAAGUUUAAAAAUGGAACCUUUUGGCGUAUGCGAAAGGAGCGACGAGGAAGGACGGUCUUUCUUGGCAAUGUGCCUGCAAGGUUCACUGUACAGGAGGUGAAGGACUUUGUGAGCUCCGUGUUUGACGCGUACUGUGCACAGAAAAAUGAGGACGCGAAUAAGGCGGACGAGGAAAGGGAGGAGGGUAGUGUGGGCGUCGCCGUUGUGGAUUUGGUUGAUUUUCUUCCAGCGCCGCCGCGGGUGAAGCACCGCCACAUGUUCGUGACGCUCCAGUCAAAGGAAGUUGCAGAGCAAGUCGUUAAGCUUUUGGAUGCGUACAAGUUGGAUGGUGUCACGCUGCGGUGUAACUUUGCCUCGGACAAGGCGCAGCGAGGAGAAGCCAUUCGUCGUCGAUUGGCUGCCCCCCGUGCUCGCUCCUAA